AUGCAAAUCACUUAAGAUAUGUUUAAAUGGUUGAAAUCAUUAAAUGUAAUCUAGAAUGGAAUUCCAAAAUAAAAUGGGAGAAUGGAAUUAGAUUCAGAAACCACAUCAGCCUUUUACAACAGUUUCAAGAUGUCAGAACUCUUAGAUAAAUUAACAGGUUCUUAUAAUUAACCAAUAAAAACAUAAACUAAUCCUACAGCUAGAUUAUAUAAUUGGAAUAUAAUCACAGAACGAUUACAUUAAAUUAAAGUUGAAUUGGAUACUGAAAUUAAGAAAUUAAUUAUUGAUGGUGAUUUAGAGAUGAUUGUUGAAGUCUUAAAGGAUAUACAAUCUAAAUUCGUAAAAGAAAGUACUUCCAAAAUUGAAAACCCUAAAAAAAUAUUCGACAUAGAAACACUCAAUUCUGCUAAAUAAAUAAGUUCUUGUGAAACUGUACUAGAAUAUGUAAUUGUAGCUUUGAGUCAGAGUCUCAUCUUAAAACCCAAAUAAUCAUAAUAAUUACUUAAUAAUAAUUUUAAAUUACUAACACAUGUUUUUAUUAAAGGAGUCAAAGGAUAGUAUAUUUAAUUAAUAACACUCCUCUAAGAAAUAUAUAAUAAUAUGCCUAGAUUAAUUGAAUUAUUAAGGGAUGAAGAACAUCAAAUUGGAUUUUUUGUUUCAUUUCUUAAACUCUCAAUAUUCUCUAAAGAUUAAGAAGUUGUACAUUGGGGAUUAAGAUUACUUGGUAAAUUAGCAUAUGAUCUAGCAUAAUAUGACUUACUAUUUCAUAUGUACUAAUGGUUAUUAAGUAUUUAAUAGAAUUCAUCUCUUUAGGUUCUGGAUUAAAUAGUUUAAUUAUUACACUCUAAAGAUAACCAUAAUUAGCUGAACCACUUGCAACUGCCUUAUCUUAAAUUGCAUAUUAUGAUUAUAGUUAAGUAUUUGGAUAAUAGAAGUAUUUUGAGAAUCCAAAAUCAUACAUAGAAUUUUAUGGAGCUUUGAUUCCUUAUAUAAAUUGUGAUGUAUUUUAGAAUACUAUUGAUUUAGCUUAUCAAUUACAAUUUAGAAUAAUAAAUAUAGAUAGCAAUAAGAUUAAGUGAUAAUCAAAGUACAAGAGAUGAAAAGAAUGUAGCCAUAUAAUUUCUAUGUAAUGCAUGGAUUCAUUAUAAUGUAUUUAUGGAAUAAAAUAUGUAAUAUCAAUAAUCCAUUUUGGCUCUUCUUUAAAGAACUUCAAAAGAUAAUUCAACAAUAUUGAAAACAUAUUCUAUAACAUAGGCAUUCAAAUUGUUGGAUGGUCUAGCUUCAAAGAAAGUGGUUACAGCUGUAUCAGUAUAUAAGAAAUUGAUUUCAAUUUUAAUUGAAAGUCAGAAUAAUGAAUAUAUGGUAAGAUAAUUCACAUAUAUAAUUCAAAAAUAUCCAAGUAUUCCAAUAGAAUUAUUGAUUGAUGGUUUAAUUAGGAAUUAACAUCCAAAUAUGUCUGAUUGUGAUAUUUAUUAUGUGUUGAGUGCACAUUAGAAUUUAAAAGUAUAAUCAGCAAUAACAAUGUUAGAAUUAUUAAUUAGAAUUUAUAAUAGUAGUGUCUUAUUUUAAAGUGCAUUAUUUCCAACUAUAUAAUAAAUAAUAUAAAAAUUCAUAGAACUUUCAGAAUUUUAAGAAUAUUUGAAUAGAAUGGCUUAAACAUGUUUAAAUUUAUAUGUUAAUUCUGUAAGAUCUAAAAAGACCACUAAUACUCUAACAAACUAUUAAGAUGAUUCUGUUUUAAAUUCUCAAAGAAGAGCUUAAACUAUUUAAUUAUUUAAAUAUAUUAUUUAAUUGAGAUGUUUUUAAAUGAACAAUAUGAUAAAACCAUUAUUAGUUGGAGCACAUUUAGAACUUAGAAGUAUUGAAAAUAGAGACAAUAAAGGAAUUAUUUAAUUAUUAUAAAUGUUAGGUGAUCCUAAUACUAUUGUUGAUGAAUAUGUUACUAAAGAUUAAUAGAUGACAUCUCAAUUAUUUCUCGAAAAGAAAAUGUAAUAAAUGGAAGGUAGUUAAUCAUAAGCCUUAGAAGAUUAAUAUUUAUAGAAAAAUAAGAAAUUAUUUGAAAAAGAGGAAGAUUUAGUCAAAUCUUUAUUAUUAGAAGAAAAGAAUGAAACUAAGAAUUUAAAAAUAACUAAAAAGAAGAAAAGAAAUUAUGACUUUGAUGAAUUUUAAUGUGUUUAUGAAGAAGGAGAAUUAGCAUAUAAACCUUAAGAUGUUGUUUUAAUUGAUUAUUCAUUUGAAGAAGAUGUAGAUAGAGAAUCUAUGAAUAUUGCUAUUAAACAUUUCUCUAAAACUUUCAGAUAUUUAUUCAAUAAAUAUGCAUCUACUCCUUAAGAAGCUGCUAAAAAUAGAUUAAGAAGUUUAGAUUAAAGCUAAUUAGAAUUAAGAUCAUCUGAUAUUGUUAAAAUACUAUAAGACUAUGAGAUAUUUAAUUUUAGUACAUAUGAAGAAAUUAUUAAUCUUAUUGCAACUGUUAAUCAUAAAUUUAAUUUAUUUAGUUUAAGUUCUCAAAUUAGAUAAUUACCAUAAGAUAAUUAAACAGAUAAAUAAUCAACUAUUUCAGCUACUACUUCAAGAACAGUCAAUUAUAAAUUAGAUUUCGAAAAUUUUAAAAAGUUUCUAAUAUAAUUUGCUGUCCUUAUUUUUGGUAGACCUCCUAAAGAUUUUAGAAAAAUGCCAUCAGGACAUGUAUUAGUUGAAUUUUUUAAAUAUUUUUCAUUUGUUGCUAGAAGAAGGAAUGACAAUCAUCUUAUUUUUGAUGAUCCUGAUGGUGUUACUACUGUAGCUGAUAAAAGUACAAUUUAAAAAUGGAAUGCUUAAUUAUUAUAAAAUCCAAAUAUAGAGGUACCUACUGAAACUAGAUUAAAGAAGGUAUAAAUUGAAAGAGUAUCUUUACAUUAUUAAAUGAGAGAUGUUAUGAAAAAUUUAAAUAAAUCUUAUUUAACUUGUUUUGAAAUUGUUAAUGAACUUAUCUAAUCUAAAUUUAAGUAAUUUAAUUGAAAAUUUAAUAAUAGAACCAAUAUUGUUGAACCAACAUUUAAAAUCAAUCUCAUUUAUGAAGUCAAACCUAUUGCAGCCAAAGGAGUUCAUUCAGAUCUUAGAAUUGACCCUUUGGUAGAGAAAUAAGAACAAUUAAAGAAUUCUCUUUCUCUAUUGCCAAUAGAAAAAUAAGAGUUUAUGAAUAGAUCAUUAGAUUUAUCUUAAUUGUCUGAAGAGAAAAUAAUUAAUAAGAGUAUAGUUGAAAAAAUAGUAUCAAUGUAGGAAGAAGCUUUAAAGAAAGAAUUGAAAGAUCUUAAAUGGCAAAAAAGAAAAGAUUAUCUUGAUAAAUAAUAAGAUAAAAUAUAAUAAUUUAAAGAAAAAAAGGAAGAAAUAAGAUUUAGUGAAUCUUAAGUGAUUGGAGAAUAAUUGAGAGAAUAGAAACCAAAACAUAUUAAUUAUAUGAAUAAUUUAAAGAAAGAAUUUAGAAAGAAUUAAUCAGAAGUAAUUAUUAAAAAUAUAUUUACAUAAUAAGAUGAGAGAAAAGAUUCUCCAAAAAAAUAAGUAGAUAAAUUAAAAUAAUAAUCUUAAUAAUAAUAAUCUUAAUAAUAAAAAUAAUAAUAAUAAGAAAAGAAAAUAACAAAAGAAGAAAAAGCUGAACUUAGAUUUAAAGCAAGAACUGCUGAAAUGGCUGCUCAUUACAAAACAUCUUUAGAGAAAAAGGAAAGAUUAAAUGAAAAGUUUUAAAAUUUUUAUAAAGAUCCAAAAGUAUAAGCAGAAUUUAAACAUUUUAGAUCAUCUGGAAGUGUGGUAUUAAUUUAUAUUAUAUAUUGAGGCAUUUAAUCAUUAUCUUAAGUAUUCUGAUGCAUGGAAUUAUAGUAGUAAAAAGAUAGUUUUAUAAGGAUGGUUAGAUUUUUCAAAUGCUUUCAAUUUAAUAUAGGUAUUCAAUGAAGAAUAAUUAAUAAAAGUAUUUACGAAUACUUUAAAAUAAAAGAAUUAUGUAGCACAUAGAGAAGCAGUAUAAAAGAAUUUAAAAUAUCAAGAUGAAACAGGUUUAACAUAUUUUGAAUUUGAAUAUAUGUUAUUGAAAAUUGCCAUUAUGGGUUAAGAAUACUUUAAUGCAAUUUAAAGUGGAAAGAAAUUAGAUGAUAAUUUAAAAUAAUUAAUUAUUUAUAAGGAAAAAUAAAGUAAAAAACCAAAAAUAAAACAUAAAUAUGUUGAAAUGUUAGAAGACAAUAUGAAUAAAACUACUAGCUUCACUUUAGCAGCCUGUUUAGCUUAUUUAGAUAUUCCAUAGAAUAAGGAUCUAUUUGCUGGUAAAUUGAGAUCGAUUGAAGGAGAUGAUAUUAUAGAGGAGACAAGACCAAAACAUUAAUCUGUUGGUAGAUAUUUACAAUUAAGGUUGAUUAGAUUUAUCAUCAUUGAAAAAGAAACAAGGAUUACCAGAUAGUCCUUAAUUAAAGAAAAGUAACAAAUGGUCAGAACCAGGUACACAUGGAAAGAGUAAACCAGAAAAGAAAUCCACGACAGAUUCUCCACUUAAGUUACCUUAUCUUCCAAAAGAUGCUAAGAGUAAGGAAUUAAUAGAGAUUACAAAGAAAUGGGAAGAGUAGAGGAAGAAAAAGUGAUU